UGCCUCCUGCCCAGGGGCAAUGCCCCAGCACUACCCUGUUAGUGUGCGUGGCAGCGUGAAGCUGGGGCCUGCUCCUCAGAGACUUCUGGGCAUAUCAAGGACCUCUCAAGCUCUAUGUCGCUGGCCUCCCAAAAUCCAAAACAUGGCAGAUGGGGCACAGGCCGACCCCAAAGGGUUCAGGAAGAAGGUGCUGGUUAAACAGUCGACUGGACAGAAGAGCUCAAGCCUCAGGGCCUGCUCUUCCAAAGCCUCCAGGUCCAGCCUGAGUAUGAAGAAAUUCUUCACCAUCGCAGUCCUGGCCAGCAGUGUUGUAGCCACCGCCCACAGCAGCCUGUUGAACCUGAAGUCCAUGGUGGAGGCCGUCACACACAGAAGCGCCAUCCUGUCCUUUGUGGGUUACGGCUGCUACUGCGGGCUGGGGGGCCGAGGCCACCCCAUGGAUGAGGUAGACUGGUGCUGUCACGCCCAUGACUGUUGCUAUCAGAAGGUCUUCGACCAGGGCUGCCACCCCUACGUGGACCACUAUGACCACAGGAUCGAGAAUGACACUGUGAUUGUCUGCAGUGAACUCAAUGAGACCAACUGUGACAAGCUGACGUGUGAGUGUGACAAGGCCUUGACUCUGUGCCUCAAGGUUCAGCCAUACAGGGACAACUACCGAGGCUACCUCAAUGUCUACUGCCAGGGUCCUAUACCCAACUGCAGCAUCUACGACCCAUAUCCAGAGCACAGCUUCCCAACUACCCCUGUCUCAAACUAGCCCAACUGAGAGCUGAGAGAAAAGAGGGUCGAGAGUCUGGC